UUCGCCAUUAUAGAACCAAAGUGUAAAGAUUCGAAUUCAGAGUUUCAGUAUGUUUAUAUCAUUGUCCCCUAACAUCACAUCGUAGCUAUACUUUAGUUAAAUAACUGUCAACUUUAACACCUGGGAGCAAAACGUCUGUUAAGUUCUCAGGCCUGACAACGACGCUUUCUCAUCACCUCUCGACCUAAUAUCUCGAUUUCGUCGGUUCCAAAUAUAGAACAAAAGAACACAGUGAGGGAUUUUUUUACCAGUCCCUCGAUCGGACCACUCAAAUUUUUCCUGUGUUAAAAUAUACGGAUAACCUGUGCUCCUUUGGAUACCUUAUCGCAUAAUAUCUAGUUAACUCAGAACUGUGCUAACAGGAACUGUCAUUCAGAACUGUCUUCCUUUCUUUCCAACCGGCUUGCAGCAGAUCAAGAUUUCAUACAAGGUUGCGUUAGGUCAAUAAUAGCCUUCUCUUAUAUCCAACAUCUACGGACAGCCACAUAAGAAGCCUCCAUUUUCCUAACGGUGCUUCCGUCGUAGUUUCUACCAAAAUGUGUAUAUAUAGCCGGAAUAAUUACAUGGAUCCUAACUGGCUUUUUCCUAUAAUAAACAAAGGAAGAAAACAAAUUUUGAAAGAAGAAGAUUUACAUGAAGCCUCACAAUAUCAUACCUCAGAGUAUCUUGGGGAUCUACUUCAAAAAGAAUGGAAAAAGGAAUUGCAGAAGAAAAAUCCGAGCAUACUGAAAGCUGCUUUACAUUUUGUUGGUUGGAAAUACUUGAUUGUAAUACUACUUGUAUUAAUUCAGGAAACAGCUGUAGUUGCAGGUCAAGCAUAUUUUGUAGGAUUAACAGUACGUUAUUUUGAAAACAGACAAGAAUGGAAUCACUACAACGUUUAUGUUACAAUUGCAGGAUUCUUUACUGUUACUGCGAUUUAUUUGUUUACGUAUAAUAUUAAUCUCUUUAUGACAGAAUAUUAUGCAAUGAAACUGAAGGUAGCUUUCUGCACUCUUACUUACAGAAAGGCAAUUAGGUUAAGUUCUUCUUCUCUGGAAAAAUCAAAUAUGGGACAAAUGGUAAAUCUCCUAGCAAACGACAUCAGCAAAUUCCAGAACAGAAUUUUCUCCAUUGCACUUUUAUUUACAUCGCCUUUCUUCAUCAUUUUUUCGAUACUGACGUUAUGGCCAUAUUAUGGAUGGACUAUAUUAAUGGGAUUUUUGGUAGUAUUUCUCUUCCUUCCUAUCCAAUUUGCUUUGAGUAAACUAUAUUCAAAAUUAAGAUUACAAGCAGCUAUUUUGGCAGACGAAAGAUUGAAUUUGUUGAACGAAAUGAUUGCUGAUAUGAGAUUAAUUAAAAUGUACACCUGGGAAUUGCCAUAUGCUGCAUUAAUAGAAAAAAUCAGGCUGAAAGAAAUGAAAACAAUUCGAAUGAUUUUAUAUGUAAGCGGAAUAUCAAGUAUAUUGUCGUAUCCUAUAACAAAAUUAUUUACUCUUCUGUCAUUUGUCACAAUUAUAUUAAAUGGAGGAGAAUUAAAUGCCAAAAUUGUGUUCGUCACAAUGGUUUAUUCCGUGUACAUUUUCAUUAGCAUUAUUAAUCUAUUUUCUAUUGCAAUGAGUUUCGUUUCAGAUAUAUUGGUUUCAUUGAAGAGGAUACAGGGUUUCCUACUCCUUCAUGAAAAAGAGAAUAAUGCUGCCAAAACGGUAGAAGAAGAAGAUAAUUUAAAGGAAAUACGCAUGGAUACUGUCACAGCUGCAUGGGAAAAAGGAACCGAAACAACGUUGAAUGGGAUAUCUUUAAAUAUACAACCUGGAGAAUUAUUACUUGUUGUUGGUCAAGUUGGAUCAGGAAAGACAUCUCUAUUAAUGUCCAUGUUGGGAGAGAUUCCAAUUACUUCUGGUGAAGUGUCUCUGAAAGGAAAGAUCUCGUAUGCUUCUCAAGAAGCUUGGGUAUUCAACGCAACUGUAAAAGAAAAUAUCUUGUUCGGAGAAGAAUAUCACGAAGAAAAAUAUAAAAAAAUCUUGCAUAUCACUGCGUUAGAAAAGGAUAUUAGAUUAUUUCCUAAAGGAGAUCAGACAAUUGUAGGAGAACGAGGUGUAAUUAUGAGCGGUGGGCAGAAGGCAAGAAUUAAUCUAGCAAGAGCCCUAUAUGUGGAUGCCGAUAUUUUCCUCCUGGAUGAUCCACUGAGUGCCGUUGAUGUUCCAGUAGCAAAACAUAUAUUCGAAAAAUGUAUAAUGGAAUAUCUGAAGGACAAGAUUUGCGUUCUCGUUACGCAUCAAAUACAAUUUCUAAAUUCUGCGAGUAAAAUUUUAGUGUUAAAUAAGGGAAGAUGUGAAUUUGUUGGAAAUUUCAAUGCAUUGGAACAUUUAGAAAUGCUUACAGGAAUUUUGCCAAAGAAAGAAGUCGCUAAAAACAGCAUGGAUUUAGAGACUGCGGUUUUCAAUGAUGAGGAAAUAAUCGGAAUCACUCAAUCUGAAGUAAAUAAUCACAUUGCAAACAAUCACCAUGGCAAUGCGGAAGCUGAUAAUAAAAUACCACACAACAAUGAAAAAGUUAAGAAACCGGAAAUUUCAGUGUAUAAAGCAUACGUAAAUGCCGGAGCAGGACUUUACUUCAAGAUCGUUAUUUUGUCUAUGGUAAUAAUAUCGCUAUCCGUUACAAGUGCCAGCGACUACUGGCUACUCAAAUGGCUGCAAAAUAUUAGAAUCGAUAGCCAAAACGAAGAAAAUCUCGAAAAUAUGACAUCUAAUAGAAGCCUUUUUAACGAAAUUAAAAACAAAAAUUUUUACCAUAGUAAAUAUUUCGACAUGUAUGUUUACAUAGGAUUAAUAUGUGCUGUAUUUCUUACGUGGUUACCUUCCGGAUUAUUGUUAUAUAAAUUCUUGACAAUUGCUUCUUUUAAGCUUCACAACAAUAUGUUUCGUUGUAUCAUUCGAACUCCGAUAGCAUUUUUGGAUAACAAUCCCGUUGGAAAAAUCUUAAAUCGAUUUUCUAAAGAUGUUAGUAGUAUGGAUGAGAUGAUUCCUUCCUUUACUUAUUUAUGUAUAAGGGGAGGCUUAAUUCUUGUUUGCACGUGUAUUGUUCAAGCUAUUGUCUAUCCUUAUCUACUUGUAUUAAUUGCUGUCCUUUCAGUAAUACUCUACGCUUUCUGGACAAUUUUCAGCCGAGUGUUGAAAAGCAUAAAACAUCUGGAAGGAAAGUUGAGAAGUCCAGUAUUUUCUCAUUUGAGUGUAUCUCUUUACGGACUAACAACAAUUAGAGCAUUUAAUGCUGACAGCAAAUUUAAAUCUAUGUUUAAUAAGUAUCAGGAUAAGCACACUGCAACGUGGUUUAUUUACUUGGCUUUAAUUCGAUGGCUUUCCAUAUACGGUAGCAUAAUUUGUUUCAUAAAUCUAAUUAUCACCGUUAUUGUUUUUGGUGUCUCAAAUAAUGCAGAUGACGCAGGAAGCCAAAUUGGACUUAUAUUGAAUUAUGGAAUACUAAUAAAUUUGUAUGUUCAACAUGUUAUCGGAUGUGCAUCCGAAAUGGAAUUUCAGAUGAACUCUGUAAAACGCAUUCUGAAAUACAGCAAUUUGAAAUCGGAAGCAUCCUAUGAAAGUUUGCCUAAUCAACGGCCUCCCUCUGAUUGGCCAGAAAAAGGAGAAAUUCAUUUCGAUAAUGUCUCUUUGCAAUACACCAAGGAUGAAAAUAUUGUGUUAAAGAACUUAACAUUUCAUAUUCACUCUGGAGAAAAGAUAGGAAUUGUUGGGAGAACAGGAGCAGGAAAGAGUUCUAUAAUUGCUGCGUUAUUUCGCAUGACAGAGCCUACAGGAACGAUAACCAUCGAUGGUGUUGAUAUUAAAGAUAUUGGACUUCGAGAUCUUCGUAGUAAAAUAUCCAUCAUUCCUCAAGAUCCUAUGUUAUUUACCGGUCCCCUUCGAAGAAACAUGGAUCCUUUUAAUGAAUAUUCUGAAGAAAUGCUGUGGAAAGCCAUAGAGGAGGUACAAUUGAAAGAAGUUAUUAGUAAAUUACCUGGAGGAUUAGAUUCGCAUUUAACAGAAGGAGGGCGAAAUAUCAGCGUGGGAGAAAGACAAUUAAUUUGUCUUGCCAGAACCAUUCUACGCCAGAAUAAAAUUCUCGUCCUGGACGAAGCAACGUCCAAUAUUGAUAAAAGAACCGAUUCCUGUCUACAGAAAAUAAUUCGAGAAAAAUUCAAAUCUUGUACGGUGUUGACAAUAGCCCACAGAUUACAUACAAUUAUCGAUUCGGAUAGAGUUCUGGUAUUAGAUACAGGGAGAGUACAAGACUUUGACUCGCCGUAUGCAUUACUGAAGAACGUAAAUGGCAUAUUUUAUAAUUUGGUACAGAAGACGGGAGUAACUUCGAUGAAUGAAUUAUACGAAAUUGCCAAAGUUAAAUAUUAUGCAAAAGAGAGGGUCGAGCAGACAAAACUAUAAAAGAGUGAAUUUUGUUAUAUGGAUAGACUAUGUGGAUCUGGUGUUAUGGAUUUUUUAUUUAAUUUAGUUUUUAGAGUGGUAUUUCUGCACAUCACAUAACACAUAUAAUUAUUAAAAUCUGAACAUUUGUUUGUAUAUGCAAGUUUCACGGUUCAAUUUAUACAUGCUGAUCUUUUAUUGAGAUGCCAUCAGCAGUUUUUGAGAUAAUAUAGGCCUAAUGAGUAAUGUUUACAAUGGUUUAAUUUCAGGAAAGAAGUAAAUUUUAUUGUAUUAAACAACAGAAAAAGAUUUAACUGAAAUAAUUAAACAAAAAUUUUGUGUACUACUUUAAUCAGACCAAUCUUAGUCAAGAAUAUAAUUCCAAUUGUAAGUAUGUAUUCUUGAAAACUUUAGUUUACGGUAAUAAUUAAAAGAAUUAUAUGAUUCAAAAUGUUUCUGCAUUUGUAUUAUCUUCUUUCGUGUGUUUAAUAUUCAAUCGAUGUGUUAUUAAAAACUGGUAUAGAAAUACAUUGUAUCCCGUUUUGUUUAAGAAGAGAAAUAAAAAAUUUUCAGGAUUGCAA